CGAGAGAAGAGAAAGAGAGAGAGGGAGCCACCCCCUCUCCCUCCGACACUUGAAGGACCCAAAAAAAAAAAUACAAUAAUAAUAAAAAAAAAAAAUAAUCCGACACUCUCGCCCUAAAAAUCCCUUCACCACGGUCUCUUUUGCCACUCUCAAAUAUCAUCCUUCUCGUAGGUAGUAGCAGAUGCUGUUAAUAUCAAAGUGGGUUUAAUUUUUGCGCAUGGCUCCAUUCUUUGCUGUUGUUGUUGUUGUUGCUCGAGAGGAGCUGUUGUCGGGUCUCACGUUUCUAUCACGAUGUCUGCAGAGCCUGCAGAAUGCAAAGCACAAGAUGAAGUUGUUCCGCUUUCAGGAAAUCCAUACUUCACAAUAAUUAUCUCCAAGUCUCAAAUCCAGCAACCCUUUAGAUUGGUGGUUCCGAAGGAAUUCCGUGAAUUACUUCCACCUAGCCCGGUAUGGCUCACCCUUUCUUGCAAGAACAAGACAUGGGAGGUGAGAUACUGCGGGGACCGUUACUUGAAGCGAUUCGAGACUGGAUGGAAGAGGUUUGCCAUUGAGAACAAUCUAGAGAUUGGAGAUGGGUGCGUGUUCGAGCUGAUGGACAAUGAGAACUUGAACUUUGGAGUUAGAGUUCUCAAAGGGGAAAUUCCAUCUCUGGUUAGGAACAUCGAAGAUGGUCGGAGCUCCGACAGCCCCAUCAUGAUCGACUGAGGUAAUCAACUUUAUUAUCUUGCUACUUUGUUUCAUGUAUUUAGGAUCUACUAAGACUUGAGUUUAGCUUUGGUGUGUAUUCCGUGUACGUGUGAAGUAUCUAUGUAAAUGACUUUUAAGUUGUUGUGGUAGUGUCAACGGUUCAAGAAAGAUAAGAUUUAUGUGGUGAAGAGGAAUGAAUUAAUCUGCA